AUGCUGCAGGAGGGGGACGAGCCUCAAGAGGGCUCGAGGAAAUCCAUCAUUGCCUGCCAUUCUUGCCGAAAACGAAAAGUAAAGUGCGAUCGCGAAUAUCCUUCAUGUCAAGUUUGCGAACAGACAGGCCAGGAUUGCAACUAUCCUCUGAAACCCAAGAAACCCGGUCCAAAGAUAGGUUCCCUCCAGCGGCAAAAGAGACGGUACCAAGAGAGGCAGAUGCAGCAGAAUGGCGACCAGCCACUAUCACGCAAGUCCACGUCACCGCCGGGCCCUGCGGACGAGGAUCUAGACAUGCAUUCCGCCAUCGACCUAGAUGGCGAAGAUUCCGAUUCCCAGAUGGGGAAUGUGCGGAACCCCGAGUGGACUACCAAGAGACGCAACUCGAAACUGAACAUCAACAGCCUCUCCUUCAUUCUCCACCCAUCACACGAGGCCUCUACCCCGAAAAGGACUCAUCCUCCACUACCAAGGACACGCCAGAGCAUGAAAAGCAAGGCAUGA